GAGAAAUGCCGCAGCUUCAUUGACCUGGCUCCAGCGUCGGAGAAAGGGGUCCUGUGGCUGUCGGUGGUCUCCGAGGUGCUGUACAUCCUCCUGCUGGUGGUCGGCUUCAGCCUCAUGUGUCUGGAGCUCUUCCACUCCAGCAACGUCAUCGACGGGCUCAAGCUGAACGCCUUCGCAGCCGUCUUCACGGUGCUCUCAGGCCUCCUGGGAAUGGUCGCCCACAUGAUGUACACGCAGGUGUUCCAGGUCACCGUAAGCCUCGGCCCUGAGGACUGGAGACCCCACUCCUGGGACUAUGGGUGGUCCUUCUGCCUGGCGUGGGGCUCCUUUACCUGCUGCAUGGCAGCUUCUGUCACCACGCUCAACUCCUACACCAAGACGGUCAUUGAGUUCCGGCACAAACGCAAGGUCUUUGAGCAGGGCUACAGGGAGGAGCCAACCUUCGUAGACCCGGAGGCCAUCAAGUACUUCCGGGAGAGGCUGGAGAAGGGCGAUGGCAGCGAGGAGGAGGACCUGCACCUGGACUGCCGUCACGAGCACUACCCCAGCCGAUACCAGCCGCACGUGGGGGAUUCCUGGCCUCGGAGCGCGGCACAGGAGGCGCCCGAGCUGAGCCGCCAGUGCUGGGUCCUGGGUCACUGGGUGUGA